UGGUAUCAGAGCAAGGUUAAGCACUUAGUAUUUUUCGCUUCACCGGCGGGCGGCAACCUCGCCUUGGCCGCCCGCCGGACCUCAACCUAAUCUGCUAGAAUUUUCUACACAUACCUUGAAAUUUCUUCGAGUCCACCACCACUGCCUCUCCUCUCACUGUUGUUCUCCCAUACACCACCGUCUUGAUCGUCUUCAUCUACAAUGUUGCAGUGAAGGAUCUCAAGCGUGGUUUUGUUGCAUCCAACUCAAAGGAUGAUCCAGCCAAGGAAGCUGCAAAUUUCACCUCCCAGGUUAUUAUUAUGAAUCACCCGGGUCAGAUUGGUAAUGGGUAUGCUCCAGUUCUUGACUGCCACACCUCCCACAUUGCUGUCAAGUUUGCUGAGAUUGAUCGUCGAUCUGGCAAGGAGAUUGAGAAGGAGCCCAAGUUCUUCCGUGAACAUGCUCUCCUUCCUUUUACUCUUGGAGUGAGGCAGAUGAUUUGCUGCUGUAACAAGAUGGAUGCUACCACUCCUAAGUACUCAAAAGCAAGGUAUGAUGAAAUUGUGCAGGAAGUCUCUUCCUAUCUGAAGAAGGUUGGUUACAACCCUGACAAAAUUCCUUUUGUCCCCAUCUCUGGUUUUGAGGGUGACAACAUGAUUGAGAGGUCCACCAACCUCGAUAUGAUUACACAGCCCAAGAGGCCAUCAGACAAGCCUCCUCUUCUCCACAUUCUUGAUAACACCAACAGCAACAAACACCACAUCUCGGCUUCGAAUGACCUUUUUGUGUUUCGGAUCCCACAAUCUGUAUCCAAAUUCUUCAUCUCCAUAGCCAAUAAAGAUGCAUGGAGUGGCUUUGUCAUCCAGCUUCUGUCUGUGCUCCUUGGAUACAUGUGCAAAUGCUUUGCACCCAAACACUCUCAAGUGAGAGUAAGAGAUCUUCCUUCCAGACCAUACUUCUUCUGGAAUCUGAAAAUUCAGUGGAACUGA